UUAAAAAGAAAAAAACUUUUCUUGGAGAGCGUGGAAAGAAGACUCUUUUUAUUCGUUAUUACAUUGAGAAGAACAUCAGAGGACAUUAGACCCCCAGUGUUCUAGCUAGCCAAAGGCCAUGGAAGAGAUCAACACGAAACCAUUGGCCACUUCUCUUCUGGUGCCAUCAGUGCAAGAGUUGGCUAAACAGAAUUUCUCUAGCGUUCCACAAAGAUACAUUCAACAUCAACAUGAAGACAUGGUGCUCAUCUGUGAAGAAACUAAUAGUACGAGUAGCCUUGAGAUUCCAGUUAUUGACAUGCACAACUUGCUUUCUAUAGAAGCUGAGAAUUCAGAAUUGGACAAGCUUCACCUUGCUUGCAAAGAAUGGGGAUUCUUCCAGCUUAUAAACCAUGGAGUAAGCCCUUCCUUGCUGAAGAAACUGAAGUUGGAGAUUCAGGACUUCUUCAACCUUCCAAUGUCAGAGAAGAAAAAGUUUUGGCAGACUCCACAACAUAUUGAGGGAUUUGGACAAGCAUAUGUAGUGAGUGAAGACCAGAAACUUGAUUGGGGCGAUAUGUUCUAUAUGACAACCCUUCCAACUCACUCGAGAAUUCCCCACUUAUUUCCACAACUCCCUCUUCCUUUCAGAGACACUCUAGAGCUUUACUCAUGCAACAUGAAAAAUAUAGCCAUGGCUAUUAUUGGCCAGAUGGGAAAAGCUUUGAAGAUAGAAGAAAUGGAAAUAAGAGAAUUAUUUGAAGAUGAGAUACAAAAGAUGAGGAUGAACUAUUACCCUCCGUGUCCACAACCAGAGAAGGUUAUUGGCCUCACAAACCAUUCAGAUGGAGUAGGUCUCACUAUCCUCCUACAUGUCAACGAAGUAGAAGGGCUCCAGAUAAAGAAAGAUGGUGUGUGGGUUCCUAUUAAGCCCCUACCUAAUGCCUUCGUUGUCAACAUUGGAGAAAUACUUGAGAUUGUAACCAAUGGGAUAUACCAAAGUAUUGAGCACAGAGCAACAGUGAACUCUGAAAUAGAAAGGCUUUCAAUUGCAACAUUCCACAGCCCUGAACUAGAUGUGGUGGUAGGUCCUGUGGCUAGCUUAAUCACUGAACAAACACCAGCACGGUUCAAAAGAAUUAAAAUGGAGGACUACUUCAGGGGUCGAUUUGCUCGUAAACUUGAUGGAAAGUGUUACUUAGAUACCAUAAGAAUUUAAUAGAGCAUUGCAAUCGAAGAUUUGAAGUUGAUAGAAACUAGCCAUUGGUUUUACGGUACUGUCAUGAAUGGAUCGAUCGCCUUAUAUUUUUCUAACAUGUUUUUAUCUUCAAGAUUUAUUUUAUGUAAUAAUUAAAAUGUCAUGAAUGGAUCUCAGCCACUUAUUAUUGUUGCAAAUAUGCCAAUAACAGCUACAACCGUGGAGUGCUUAUUUCUUAA